UUGCUAUAACCAAGAAUUAUGAGAAAGGGCAAAAGUAGGUAAUUUUGACUUUUUUACAUUUGAACAGCAAUAAAAUAAGAGGCCAACCCAAACUGUACUUAAACUGAUAUAAAGUCUACCUUCACUUGAACGGUAGAUUGCUUAAACAUUGUACUUUGUUAUAUAAGCCACUGUGAGCCCUCUCUGUUCUGUCGUUCAUUAUUUAACACUAUUUAUGUCUUCACUUGUCACAUAGGGAAGGCCACGUACAGUAAAGAAGAGCCAAAACUAUCUCAGUUUAUUAUAUUAUAUACUUAUCUUCAACUAAUUAGUCUGAAUAGGACAGACAUGUGAUAUCUUAAAUCCGUAUGACUUACUGCUUUGACAAAAUUCUAAAUGCACGCAAAAAAGUUAAUUUAUAAAAGAGGUCGGAGCGCGCGCUACUGAACCACUUCAUUCACGUGACUUAAUUCUCAUGUUAAUAGGAGGAAGUGCUUAUCAAACUUGCUCUACUUAGUCCCUAUUGUAUUCUCCAUAUCUCCAUCUGUGUGCCACCUGCUGACUGCCUGUGUAAACCGAGCUGUCUUUGAGGGAAAGGAGAUGGACAUUGUCAAGUGGUGUCCUCCCUAAACUAGCGCCGGUCCAUGCAUCUUUUAUGGACAUGCAACAUUCAUGGCUGGCCCGCUGCCGCCCACACGGGAAGGCCGAUAAUCGCGUCUCGAGUUGUCGGUUCAACCCCCAGGUACACAAAAACAGAUCCGGGUCCAUUCAGGGGCACCGGUUUCUUUCACUAGACAUGCUAUCUCAAACUAGAAGGGGGAGCUUUGAACUUUAGGUGAAAAGAAAACCGCUAUCUUCAACUUUUACGCAUCAAAUUUUGGAUAAUAAAAUGAGUGUGUCCAGUGGUACGGAGCCCCCAGCAGCGGUGCUCGGUUUGGGAUUGGACACAGGAGGAGGACCGUGGCUUCAAAGACAGAAAUAUGGGAGCAGUGUUUCGGUCCAAACGUAUUCGCUAAACAGUGGGACUGUUCCAGCACCGCCGCCGCCCACAGCUGUCGGAGCCCGGGUCCGACUGCCCGCGCUCACCGCUAAAGGUCCGCGGAGGAAAAGCGGCAUGGCCCGGCUCAGCCUCAGUGAGCCCUCUCUGUUCCCUCACAAUGACAGUGUUUUAUUUGGGGGUCUGUCUUGUGCCUGUGGUCCCAACUUGCUCCAUAAACGUGCCCCUGUCUCCUCCUCUUUUAUAAAACCCUCCACUCUCAGCCCCAACCCACCCCCACCUCUGCCCCAGGACCACUCCCACCCCCAGGGCACCUCCAGACCCCUCUACCUGCACUUUUCCAGGUCCAUCCAGCCCAGCCUCAAAACUAAAGCCAAGAGACGACAUUCACAUACAGUCUCCUCCGAGUUCAGAACUGCGGCCUCACAAGUCUCUCCUCUGUCCGAGUCCCUCUCUGUGGUGGGUAAAACCUGCCUCCCUGUGUGUACUCCCCGCCCCACUCCUGCUGCAGUCUCAGGACCCUCCAGGCCCCACCUCCAUGUGUUUCUGCCCUCUGAAGCUGAGGGAGAGGACAGCGAGUCUGUGGAUGAGGGCUUCAUGGAUGAGCUGGACCAUAAGAUGAGUUCUCUCAAGCUCCAACAGGCGGGGCCACAGACUGUAGCGCUGCACUGCAACCAGAAAAACUGGAGCCACAGCUGCCUUGAUUGAUGGAGCUAUAGCUUUAGCUCUUCUGUGCAUGCCCAAACCACCUUAAAGUGCACUUGACAGAUUAAUAUAUUUUUCUAAUUAUUACUUGGUUAGGUGGGAUAAUACCUGAUGUAAAUAGUCAUUACAAGUUUACACCAGCAGUUUGUGAAGAAAAAUAGAAACACAAAGUUGGAAAAUAUAGAAAGUAGCAGAGAGUUAUAAAAUGAAAUCCCGCUACCAUUAAUUCCAUUCAAAAUGUGAAGGCAAUUUACAAGCAAGGAAUACAUAAUUUAACAAAAUAAAGGUGUUUGUCAUAUAUUGUGCAAAAUUGACUCUUUUGAGCUUUAAGCCAUGAUACCUCAUCCAAAACAUACCUGGAGUUGUGCUUUGUUUUACUCACACGUUUGAACAACCCUUUAUCAUUAGUCUGUCUACAUCUCCAAAGUUCCACCUUGUGAUGUCAUGUAGUGAUAGUUUUCAAGUUCAGUAUCAGAAAUCAUAUUGGAAUUCCCAUGGCAGAAAUGAUCCAAAUGAUUCUACUGAAGGUGUUUGGAGUUUAAAAACACAGUGGAGCAAUUCCUGUAUUACCAGAUGACAUCACAAAGUAUUUUUUCAGUUUGAGAGAAGAACUCAACAUAAAUAUGCAGGGGCUGUGUGUUAAACUUGUGUGACACAAUUCCGGUUAUGUUUGUGAUGAGGAAACAACAUUAUAACAGAUCACAAAAUAGAUCACAAAACAAAACAGAUCACAAAACAGGGUAAUACAGGCCCUUUAAAUCUAUGAUGUUAGCUAUGUUUUAGAGAACUGAGUAGUCUAACUUGUUAUGCACACUUUAAUUUGAAUUUUGCAUCUUCAGCUUCAUAGAAGAUACUGAAAUGUUCGUUGUAAAUAAAUCUGAACAUUUUUAAGCAUUUCUACAGUGUUAAUAAUUACUCAGUAUUUUGGCUUUUCUCAUCAUAUAAAGUCCUUAAACCUGUGUUAUUUCUGUAAUAUGCAUCUUAACGUGUUACCAAUAAUAAAUCUAUUUUUAUAUAACAUCUUCAACUUUAAUUUUAUACAUUACAAUUUAAUAUGCCAACAGGUAGUGUUGAAGAGAUUUUUUUCUAUCUUGGAGUUAGCUCUUAGCCUAAUCCCAGGUGAGAGUUUUCUUUUACAGCUAUUAUUACCAGUAUCCAUUGAAAAUAGAUCUUCUAAUUUUGUUUUCUUCCUUUAGCAGCUACUCCUGUACUCCUGUCAUCGCUGGACAAAAGAAUUAUUGAAUUAUUUACAAGUCCAUUGUCUUCAACAGAAGUUAGAAGUAUGAACUAAAACUUUUACACACACACACACACAUAUAUAUACAUAUAUAUUACUGUAUUACUGUUUACUACUUUCUACAUUUUAUUUACAUACAGAAGACAUCAAAUAUAUGAAGAUAUAUGGAAUUAUGUAGCCAAAAAACGUUACAGUGCUGUGAAAAAUUUGCCCCCUUUCCUUUUGUGUGUCAUACUUAACUGUUUCAAAUCAUCAAACACAUUUAAAUAUUAA